UCAUUAUUAGAGUGCUUAGAGUAACAUAGAACAACAAUUUCUUGACUUGUUAAUAUUCCUUAUUCCCCCUUUUUAACUGUAGUUAAAUAGGAUUUAACUAUAUAAUUCUCUUUUCAGCUCUGACAUCCUCAAGUGGUGCUUUAGAUGAACUUCCAAGUUCUGUUGAUCUGGAUGUGUUUACUGAUCCAGUCUCCACUGAGAUAUGCCUGAAAGAAUGUCUGGACAAAAGUCAGCACUGCAGCUGUUCACUGUGUAAAAAGAGAUACAGUAAAAGAUCUGACCUUCAAAUGAACACGUGCCAGUUUGUGUCAAAUGUUGGCCUGAGAAAAUCUGAAGUUCUCUGUGACAUCUGUGAUGAUGGAAAGAUGAAAGCCCUGAAGUCCUGUCUGGUGUGUCAGACUCACCUGGAGCCUCACCAGAGAGUCCUGAACUUGAAGAAACACAAACUGAUGUGACCCUGUGGACAAUAUAAAGGACUAUAUAUGCCAGAAACAUGAGAGACCUAUGGAGUUAUUAUGUAAAGAUGAUCAGACAUAUAUAUGUGUGUUUUGCACUGAUGGAGACCACAAAACUCACAACACUGUUCCUCUAGAGGAGGAGGGUAAAGAGAAGAAGGCACGAGUUACUAACAACAUUGAACAUACUUUGAUAACAUGGUUUCUGACAAGAUAUUUUAUCAGGAGAUGAAAAAUCUAUGUUGAUUGAAUCAAAUGUGUCUGUGUGUUAAGAGAAUAAAGAAGAUUCAAGACAUCAAACACUCAGCAGAACUCAGAAAAAAAAGCACAGAGCAAGAGAAAGCAACCAGUGUUAAGCUCUUCAACGUUCUGAUGCGCUCCAUUGAGAGAUGUCAGGCUGAGCUGCUGAAGAUGAUGGAGGAGAAGCAGAAAGCAGCAGAGAAACAGGAUGAAGAGCUCAUUCAAGAGCUACAGCAGGAAAUCUCUGAGCUCAAGUUGAGAAACACUGAGCUGGAUCAUCUCUUAGACACUGAGGAUCACCUCCACCUCCUACAGGUCAGUGUCUCUCUGUCUGCUCACAUCACAACACAGGACAACACUCACACUCAUGCUAAGGGAUUUCUCCUCUCUCCUACUGUAGAUUUAGCCCUUCCUGUGCAGCCCUCCACACACCAGGAACUGGCCUGAGAUCAGUAUGAGCACUGAUGUGAGAGUGGAGACUCUGAGGAGAGCUCUGACUGAACUGCAGGAAACUCUAGAUGAGAAAAUCAGUCAAACUGUGUUGAGAAGGAUGCAUCAGAAUGAAGUGGAUGUGACUCUGGAUCUUGAUACAGCUAAUCCAUAUCUCAUCCUGUCUGAUGAUGGGAAAGAAGUGAGUCAUGGAGACAUUAAGCAAGAUCUCCCAGAUAACCCAGAGAGAAUGGAUUACAUUGCCUGUGUCCUGGGAAAAGAGGGAUUCUCCUCAGGGAGGUUUUAUUUUGAGGUGCAGGUGAAGGAAAACACUGACUGGACUUUAGGAGUGGCCAGCGACGAUCACAGUGAGUCCUCAGAAUGGAUACUGGACUGUGGCUCUGAGGAAAAGGAAUGAAUAUUGGGCUUGUGCUGGACCUUCUGUCUCUCUGUCUCUGAGAGUGAAACCACAGAAGGUGGGGGUGUUUGUGGAUUAUGAAGAGGGUCUGGUCUCCUUCUAUGAUGUGGAGUCCAGAUCUCAUAUCUACUCUUUCACUGGUCAGUCUUUCACCAAUAAACUCUAUCAAUAUUUUUGUCUAUAUAGUAAAGGUGAUAAAGGUCAAAACUCUCCCCCAAUAAUCAUCUCACCUAUUAUUUACAAUUAAUAAAUGUACGCUCCAAAUUUGCAGAUUUUUACAUUUUAUGAGGGAACUGUCAGUACUUGCCCUGGCAAAACUCACUGCCAUGAUGUUGAUCUCCCAGGCCACAAUAGCUAUAUUUCCAUCACCUUGUUUUUAUGCGCAUUUUGAAGUAUUGCAUCAGAAACGAGUGAUGGAAACACCAGAUUUCGAGGAAAAAAAAAAGUUGUUAUGCUCGCUCGAGGUGGUUUUUGACUUGUGCGAAAAAGUAUUAAUGUGAAUAAUGGGAGAUGGAAAUGCAUUUGCUGAAUAAAUUCUGACGUAGCGAACAUUAAACCCACUUGACUAAUUGUCUCUCUCCACUGAUGGCGUUUUGUUUACUGUUGUUUGCUAGGUUAUCAAUACUACCAUCAUCCACUUGAACAACUUGUUGGAAACGCACCUAAUUCGCAUUUGUUUGUUUUUUCUUCUUUUGUGAACUUUAAAAAGAUUCACUUCACGUUGGAAUGGAAACCCAGAUUAUAAGGAAACUGUACACAAGGCAUCUUUAUUUAAGGCUGCUCUGUGCCUGCUUAAAAUACUGUGUAAAUGCAGCAUAAAAACCAAACUAAAUUCUGACCCACCUCAGCCUUUAGUAUAAGCAGUUAAAAUUGUUGUGUAAAUGCAUUUAUGCCACCUCUGAGCAGCAUUAAACAGUCUCUGUAAAGACACCUAAUUCCACUUCAGAAGCGCUUCUGUGCAACCUUUGCAGUGUAAAUCUGGCAGUAGACAAGUUAAGGUUGCUCUGUGCCUGCUGACAAUUCAGUGUAAAGAUGCAAUGCCACAUAAAAGCCAGACUUAAUUAUGCCCGCUCUCACCCACCUCAGCCCCUAGAAUUAAAGCAUAAAGUUGUAAUUACUGUAUAAAUGCAUUUAUGCCACCUCUGAGCAGCAUUAAAUGGUGUGUGUAAACUGUAAAGACACCAAAAUGCCACUUCAGCACUACUGUCUAAAUUUGGUAUAUGAUAUUCUUGUGCCUAGAAAUGGCAAGGUUAUGUACCACAUGAUUAUGUACUUUUCUGAUGUUGUCAGUGUGGCCAGGUCAGAUCAGUUUGUUUUUUAUAGUUCUUUUUUACAAUACCUUUUUGUUUUAAAGCAGUUUUUUAGAAAACAAUGAUGUUGAUGUUUAUAAUAUCUUAAUAUCUUCAUGCAUUAUAGUCACAUUCAGCAGACUAGAGCUGGGCGACAAUAUAGUUUACAUGGUCAGUAUUGUUGUGGUUACUACCAGCAAAGACUGUAAAUACUGUAAAUAUUUUAUAGCUAUACUGUAAAUAGCUUUAUUGACUGGGAGGUUUUGAAGCGGUGGAUGCUCUUUUCUGUUAUUUUCUUUUGUUUGUAGACAACAAUGAAUGUUCCAUUGUUUCUUUCCUUUUAAAUUAUUGUAUUUACAUAUUUAAAUAACAUUUUGUUUGUUUGUUGUUUUGGGCCUGUGCUCAUACGUGAACACCAACACUGUUUACCAAAA